AUGGAUUAUAUGAAUAGAGUUUUCUGUCCGUUUCUAGAUAAAUUCGUUGUUGUCUUCAUUGAUAACAUACUGAUUUACUCCAAGUCCAAAGAAGAGCAUGCAGAACACUUGAGGACCGUGUUGCGAAUACUAAAGGAAAAUAAACUAUAUGUGAAACUAUCUAAAUGUGAAUUCUGGAAGAAGGAGGUUAAGUUUCUGGGUCAUGUGGUGAGUAAACAGGGGAUAGCAGUAGACCCAUCUAAGGUAGAGGCUGUAAUGAAUUGGGGGCGACCAACCUCAGUUACUGAGAUAAGGAGUUUUCUGGGCUUAGCUGGUUAUUACCAAAGAUUAAUCAAGGGCUUUUCUCAAAUAGCGUUGCCAUUGACAAGGUUAACCCGCAAGGAUGUGCCAUUUUUUUGGACUCUUGAGUGUGAGGAGAGUUUUCAAGCGCUGAAGCAAAAGUUGACUACUGCACCUGUGUUGGUGUUACCUGAGCCAAAUAAGUCGUUCGAGGUGUACUGUGAUGCCUCAUUGAAGGCUUCGAGAAGAGGAGUUGUUCAAGGAAUUCGAGAUUCUGAAGAUUGGUGUUCAAGAAGUGUCUGGAACUCUUUGCUUGAGUCGAUUACAAAUCCCAAGUGA